ACAAACAUCCAUUCCAUUCCACAAGGAAAGCAAGCACAGAAAUACCAAAACAUCUUUCUCCAAAAGCAAUCUCUCUCUCUCUCUUAUCUUUCUUCUCUCUCUAUACGUAUACAUUACAUAUAUAUACACAGACAUGCAUGUAUGCUUGUAUUAUGUAUGAACACAUUGAAUCACAGAAACAUCAAAGAGCAAAAAGAAGCACAAUAAAAUAACUCAAAAGCAGGUUCUCUUCUCUCUCUCUCUCUCUCUCCUACUAAAAAGGUUCUGGAAUUGUGUAGUUGUUAAGUGGUGGUGUUGCGGUGAAUGAAUCAUAAUCAAUAAUGAUUCUCUCUAUUUGAAUAAUUGCUUGCUCAUGAAGAAAACCUAAGAGCUUCAUUCUACGGUUUUCGAACAAGAAACACUCAUUCGAUCGCUGUUCGUACAUCGAUUCUCGCUGUUCAUCAGUUUGCAGAUGAGAAGGGAACCUGUGGUGUAAUCGGACAAGCUCUUGAUAUUCGGUAAAACAACAGUAAUCACAUGAGUGUAGAAAAACUUGAAGGUGGGAUGGUGGACACAUCAAACAGUAUAAGGAAUCGGUACGCUAAGCUGUUAGAGGGUUCUUGGUUAGCCCAAUUCAGCCAUGGAUCCAAUCCGUGGAUGGCUAGAUACGUUUACAGCGUGAUGUUUCUUUUAGCAAAUCUGCUAGCGUGGGCUGUGCGUGAUUAUGGACCGAGUGCAUUGACCGAAAUGAAGAGAUUGAAGAGUUGCCAAGGUGGAAAAGACUGUUUAGGCACAGAAGGAGUUCUGAGAGUUAGCAUGGGUUGUUUCAUAUUUUAUUUCACAAUGUUUGUUUCAACGGCCGGUACCUCAAAGUUGCAUGGACGAAAAGAAUUAUGGCAUUCUGGUUGGUGGUCUGCCAAGCUUUUCCUCAUGUUUGCCCUAAUUGUGUUGCCGUUUUUCCUUCCUACAGAAAUGAUUCUGAUAUAUGGGGAUAUUGCACAUUUCGGCGCAGGGGUAUUUCUGCUAAUUCAGCUAAUCAGUAUAAUCAGUUUCAUUACAUGGCUGAAUGAUUGCUGCCUAUCAGAAAAAUACGCUGAGAGAUGCCACAUCCAUUCGAUGCUGCUAGCAACUGCUGCAUACAUCGUUUGCAUUUUCGGAAUCAUUUUAAUGUACAUUUGGUACACACCACAGCCGAGUUGCCUACUCAAUAUUUUCUUCAUUACAUGGACACUUGUACUCCUACAACUUAUGACUAGCGUCUCUCUUCACCCUAAAAUUCAUGCCGGAUUCUUGACUCCAGGUUUUAUGGGACUUUAUGUUGUGUUCCUAUGUUGGUCUGCUAUUAGAAGUGAACCACCAGAUGAUAAAUGUCUCAGAAAAUCUGAAACUUCAAGAGACUGGCUAACCAUCAUAAGCUUUGUUGUUGCUGUACUUGCCAUCGUUAUCGCUACUUUCUCGACAGGAAUCGAUUCUAAAUGCUUUCAGUUCAAAAAGGAAGAGAAGAAAGAGGAGGAAGAUGAUGUACCAUAUGGAUUUGGAUUCUUCCAUCUUGUUUUCGCCACAGGAGCCAUGUACUUUGCAAUGUUAUUAAUUGGCUGGAAUUAUCACCACCCUAUGAAAAAGUGGACCAUUGAUGUUGGUUGGACCAGUACUUGGGUCAGAAUAGUAAAUGAAUGGCUAGCUGUGUGCGUUUACUUGUGGAUGUUAGUAGCUCCGAUCGUGUGGAAAAACGGGCAAGUAGACAUAUCCACAUGAAGAGACCACCUCAACUGAAUUAAUGAAGCAAUGUUAUAUAAAUAUCCACCGAUUAUUAUGUUGCAAAAGUAUAUCAAGUCAAGAAAGGAGAAGAAAGAUGUAACCGUAUGGCCCUGUAAAUAUUCAACCUAAUUCCACAAUUAUUUAUUUCUUAUAUACAUAAUAUAUGUAUAUAUAUUAUACAUAUAUGUUGGAUAUGACACAGGGGGGUAAAACCAACUGUAACCCUUGUCCCUUGGGAGAAGCCAUUGUAAAACGAUAUGUGAACUCUUAUGGGGUUGUGACCCUAUCUAUAAAUACUGAUGAGAAAACAUUAUAAUUACAA